AUGUUUAUCCCUUGGCAACAACAACUUCAAAGGGCCAAUCCCGAGAUCCAUUUCCAAAUUUGUUGCGGUAUCACCGAGUUUCCAGAGCUCCUUAGAGCCCAACAUGAAAUUGUGUUUCUAGACAUCUCCAACAACAAAGUCGAAGGUCAAGUUCCUGCCUGGUUAUGGACUCUACCAAUUUUGUACUACCUGAAUCUUUCCAACAACACUUUCAUCGGUUUCCAAAGAUCAAACAAGAAACAAGGACUAUCCUCUGUCCGGAAACCAUUUGUGAGUUACUUGCUUGGCUCCAACAACAACUUCACGGGAAAGAUUCCUUCUUUCAUAUGCGAGUUUCGUUCUCUAGAGACUCUCGAUUUAUCUGGAAAAAAGUUUAAUGGGUCAAUCCCUCGUUGUUUGGGAAAUCUCAAGAGUAAUCUUUCAGUUUUAAACCUUCGUAAGAAUAAUCUGAGUGGAGGUCUUCCGAAGUAUAUAUUUGAAAGUCUAAGGUCGUUCGACGUUGGUCAUAACCAACUUGUGGGAAAGCUUCCAAGAUCUUUGAACCAGUUCUCAACUCUUGAAGUUUUCAACGUGGAAAGCAACCGAAUCAACGAUACGUUUCCGUUCUGGCUGGGUUCUCUACAAAAGCUACAAGUUCUUUUCCUUCGCUCCAAUGCAUUCCAUAAAUCAAUACAUCAAGCCUCCUUCCCUCAGUUGCGGAUUAUCGACAUAUCACAUAAUCACUUCAAUGGAACUUUGCCAUCGGUAUACUUUGUGAAGUGGAGUGCUAUGUCAUCACUUGGAACAGACGAAGAUCAGUCUUCCGAAAAGUACAUGCGAGAUAAAUUUGGCUAUUACAAUGAUUCAAUGGUUUUGAUGAAUAAAGGUGAAGAGUUGGAGCUAGUACGUAUCCUUAAAAUCUUAACAGCAAUUGACUUUUCGGGAAACAAAUUUGAAGGAGAGAUUCCAAAGUCCAUCGGUCUAUUGGCAAACAAUGCAUUCACUGGCCGCAUCCCUUCAUCUAUGGGGAACCUGACAGUUCUCGAGUCGCUGGACGUUUCCCAAGACAAGCUUAUAGGAGAAAUUCCACAAGAGCUAGGGGGGCUCUCGUUCCUUGCGUACAUGAAAUGA